AUGACAGGCAGGCUUCUCUUCCUGUUUAGCCGAGGGAUUCAUUAUCGGGCACCUUCACGCGACACAGCCCUUACGGAUAAAGACCCGUUUUUACACUUAAAUAGCCAAUUGCACGGAAGGAGAUCAUGGGAGGGAUCAAACAAGAGCAGAGUGAUGCACCGCAGCAGCCCAGAGCCUCACAUUCAGCGGAUCAGCCACAAGAAGAGCCUAAGAAGAGAGGCUGGCCAAAGGGAAAGAAAAGAAAGAAGGUGCUACCAAAUGGUCCCAAGGCACCAGUAACAGGAUAUGUCCGCUUCCUGAAUGAGCGGCGGGAACAUAUGCGGGCCCGAUACCCUGACUUGCCUUUUCCAGAAAUCACCAAGAGACUUGGAGCAGAGUGGACACGAUUAGCCCCAAAUGACAAACAGCGCUAUCUGGACGAGGCGGAGCGGGAGAAGAUGCAGUAUGCCCAGGAACUGAAGGAAUAUCAGCAGACUGAGGCCUAUCAGAUCACCAGCGCUAAGAUACAAGACAAAAGGAUCAAGAAAGACAAUCCAUCUGUCAUCAUCAGUACUAGUUCAGGGUCAUCUUUACCAAAGGCUUCUGACCUCUCAAGCAGAUUCGACAUCCCCAUCUUCACAGAGGAGUUCCUUGAUCAGAACAAAGCUCGAGAGGCUGAGUUGCGACGGCUUCGUAAGGCCAACAUUGAGUUUGAGGAGCAGAAUGCAGUGUUGCAGCGGCACAUUAAGGACAUGCACAACGCUAAAGAGCGCCUGGAGGCUGAACUGGGGCAGGACGAGAAGCGCACCCAGGCUCUUCAGCAACACUUGCUGGCCAUUAAACACACUCUGGUCAACAGUCUCUCAUCAGUCCCCCUGCCAGGCACAGGUGAGACAGCCUCUCUUGGGAACCUGGACUCAUACUUGAGUCGUCUCAGUGGAGUGCUGGAGGGAAACCCCCACAAGCACCGUGCUCUGCUCACCCAGCUUUGCGAGGUUUUCUCUCAUCUUGACAGCGAGAAGUUAUGAGGAGACUCCACCCACAGAUCCUUUCAUUCCUGCAUCAGAGGAACACAUGACGGGCUCGGCGGUAUUAGGUCAAAUCAGUGCCAUUCAACAACACGUGGAUAUCUCAAGGAUAGAAAAGGCAAGGGUACAAACACUUCGAAACACCACACACAGACCAUGUCUACUUGCCUCUUCUUAAUAAAUAUCUGUAUCCAUGCAUAUCAUGUUUUCUUUUUUGGGAAUGUAGAUCUGUGUGGCAGCGUGGAGGGUUUUUACAGUUCAGGAAUUUCAUUAAAUGUAAUUUUACCUUCUCAACUGCCAAAAUAAUAAGCAAAUUUGGAUCGACUCUAACUUUAUUUGUAGCCUUGUAUCAGCAGUUACCUGCAGGCCCGUGACCUGUCCAAUAAGACAAGCCUAAUAACCAGUUUACAUGAAAUGCCAUUUGGCAUGUGGUGGGUGGGUAAUGUGUACGUAGUGUUAUAUAGACCGCAUGAAAAAAAACUGGAAGGGAUGAAAAUCAAAUGGGUAUACAUGUUUGAAUUUACAUAGAUAAUGGUAGAUUGUGGGAUGGACAAGCAGUUUCACAUGUUGUCCGAAUAUUAUAUAUUUGUGAAGUAUAUCUGUAUUUUUUGAAAUGUUCAUUAAACCAUACUGAAAAUGUUUCCAACAAAGGCCGUGUGAAAUUUAGCAUUUUUUAAGUUAACAUAUAUAAUAUAUAAAAAGUUAAAAUGAAAUCACAGACCAACUAAUCCAAUUUGAAUGUUUAGAUACCCUGGGCAAAUUUACUUUUAUGUGAUUUUGGUGAAUGCACCCUAAAGGAGAGACUGGGAAGAUGCAAGGGAUGUUGUGUUCCAGCAGGGGGAGCUGUUGGCCCACACAGGAGAAAGUAGUUAUGAUUUGAAUCUUGGAGCAGAGUUUAAGGGUAUAUCAGUCUGAUUGUUUUUUUUCUCUAAGUGGAAGGAUGAAGAUGGGACGACCUGUUGUAAAUGUUCAACAUAGUUCAACUCAGUCAGACCAAGACACAAAGAUUAAUAGUUUAGGACAAAUUUUAAUAUUUUUCUUUUUCUGUGUUCUGUAAACUUAGGCACCAGCAGUUCGUCUACUUCUUGUCAAGAAUCACUUAACUAAAUCACCUCACCUUAACAGUUAUUUUCAAUGUCAGUUAAUCUAC